AAUAAGAUCAGAGUGAAGCGUCGCAUUACACCAACCGCGUUUCCACGAGAAAGCAGCCGAAAAUGAUUAGGUUCUGACAGGCCGUCAAACAGUGGAUGUACUUUCAUUUGUGUUGUCCCUUGUUUUUUUAAUAGUUUGUCCUGAUAACGUUGUUUCCGGAGUGUAAAAGAAAAAAAAAGUUGGGAAAGUCGGAAAAACACGCCAUCCUUUACAGGAUGGACAAGUCCACAACGAUGAAAGUCAUGGUCCCUAUUAUCGUUGCUUUGAUUCAUGUGGGUCAUGGAGCGGCAGAGCUUGGGUUUGCAGGAGACCUCCAAAACCGCACAGCAAGACAGCUGAACUGCAUGGAGAACCAGGAAUACCCUCACAUCGGCUUCUGCUGCAAGAACUGUGAAGCUGGCACUUAUGUGAAACAAAAGUGUAGCAGUGACCAGGAGAAGGGCAUUUGCGCUCCAUGUGAGAAGGGCACAUAUGCCGAACACCCCACAGGCAUGGAUCAGUGUCUGCAGUGCAGCCAGUGCCACAGAGAUCAGAUCGUGGUUGCAGAAUGCACCGAAACAAGCAACACCAAGUGUGAAUGCAAACCCAGUACCUUCUGCCUGCCGGACGAGCCCUGCGAAGUGUGCAAGAAAUGCGCCAAGUGCAAAGCUGAUGAGGAAGAAGUGAGCCAUUGCACUGCGACAUCCAAUACGAAGUGCAGGAAGAGAAACUCUCCUCCGACAGAAGGCCCAACGGACAAGCCUUCGGCAUCAGAUAGCACUGUUACUACAGCGGUUGUUAUAUUAGUUUUAUUUCUGCUGAUCAUACCAAUUGUGGUUGGAAUGAUUUUCUUCUAUAAGAGACGUCAACGUCAACUAAGCGACACUCCUGGUGAUUUGAAUGAUGUGAAGAUUUCUAUUGAUGAGCAUCCAAGAUCAGAAGAGGAACAAGAAAACAGCCGCAAUGCUGGAUUAGAGAUUGAAGUGGGGCAGCGCCCAGAGUCCCGCCCCUUGUUGACGCAAGAAACGCAGGAAACAGGCACCAAGAGCAUACCAGUGGAGGAUGAGGACCGGGGAUUGGGCGAUAGCUUGCCAAACACUACCAGCUCUUCCCAAACCAGUCUAUCUGCUCUCCCUCCUGCAGUCUACAAUGAGGAAUCGCCACGAUCGAGUCCCCCAGCCCCGAGACAGACGGACACAGUUACAGAGCCAUGGGCACGGGAUGAUGGUCCUCCCAGAAGACUUGUUCCUUUACUUGGUGAGGAGGAGUCUCUAAGCAAGAGUUUCGACCUGUUUGACACCCUGGAUGUGCGGUACCACAACAAGUUUUUCCGUAGCAUCGGCGUGAGCGACAACGCCAUCAAGGUGGCCGAAACGCAGCACCCUGUGGACAAAGUCUACGACCUGCUGCGGGUUUGGAUGCAAAAAGAGGGCCUGCGGGCAAACAUCAACACGUUACUACAGGCUCUGCUAGACCUGGACCAGCGGUAUUCAGCAGAACACAUCGCCUCCAAGGCUGUUGAACGAGGCUACUACAAAUAUGAGUGAUGUCUCUUCCAGACUGCAAGAUAUUUGUUGUGUACAAGAACUAAAUAAUGGAGAGGUGUACAUUCGUUUUGAUUUCUCCCCAGUGGGUCUUGUGGGUCUCAUGGCAUGAACUUGAUGUCCUGUUAUGGAGACAUUGGAGAAUCACCUCUCUGUAGCGCCCACGUUGGGUUUAGAAGCCAACACUGGACCUUUUUUGAGGAUUUACACUGGCUAGCAGCAGAGGGCGACAUGUUCCCUCUCAACAGUGCAUUGUAGUGUUAUUCAAUGCACUGGCCUCAGGCUUUUAAACUACAGGUUGGUCCAAAGCCUACGUAUAGAUGUCAUUAAACCUUUGGUUACGCCAGAUGUUCAAACUAAAACAAGUGUAUUUAGUACUGACAGGCACAAAUUGAAGAUGUUCACAAGCUUCACACUACAUGUAGUCGUAUUUCUGCAGAGAAUCACUUCUGUUCUUAGCUACAAACCUUGUUAAACUCGGUUAAAAAAGAACAAAUAUGCUUCAAGAUGAGUUUAGAACUUGUUUCAGGUUGAGUUUUGGAGUUUCAGACGUAUGCCAGCAUUUUAGGGUUUCAUUUGAAGUUCAGAACAUGAUUUUUUUUUUUUUUUUUUGCCAGUCUGUGAAAGGUGAUUUCAAUUUUUUUUUUGUUCCCCACAAAUGACCCUACUUCAUCUGUUUUGUGCAAGGACGGGAUGUUUUUCAACCUUCUCGACCUUUCUUGCCUGUUCCGUUUUCCUUAUUUAUAUUUAAAUAAGUGAUGUAUUUAUUUGUUUUGUGUAAUUACGUAUUAUUUAUACCUGUUACCAAUAUUCACCUACAGUAAGUGUUCCUGAAGCAUUUAUCCCGCCUUUCAGGCGGCGUGACUGAGAUGUUCACUAGACAAAUUCUUGUCCUUUCACAAGCAGAUUUAGUGCCAUCUUCAUAUAGUUUUCUGUAGCUAAGGCAUUUCUGCAUUUACCCCGAGUGUGUCACUUACUACAGACACAUAAUUUCUUCUUAUAUGAAUCACAAAACGUGUCCUUCGCUGUGGAUUUUACGUUCCCAGCUAAUGGUGUUGUCGUUUCAUGUUCUGAAAAGAUAAAGAAAAGCUUGAAAGAGUACCACGGUCAGUAUCUCUUGGACGCUUGUAUCUGCUUCCACAGAUUGAACUAAUAUCGAGGAUAAGGAGGCAUUUCAAACUUCUGCUCGCUGUUCUUGUUUUAUAUGCGGUAGUGCACAGGUACGUGUUUUAGAUAGUUAAAAGAUGAAGGAAAUUUAUGUUCAUCCACAAACUACUUAGUUUAAUUGCCUUUCGUCUAGUUUGUAAAUAGUUGUCAAGAAUUCUAUUAAACGAAACUAAUAAGAUAUAUAUUUAUGGAAGCCCUAAGAGCACAACAUAAUGAAGUACUGCCUAAAAACCAAACCGAAGGAACAAAUUGAAAUGAAAAUGAACAAGCGGAGUAUAUAUUAUCUAAAGGGCUUCUUAAUUCAUUUACGUAGCAGUAAAUGAGCUGUGACAACUGACUCGGCUGUAUAGCUAUGUAGCUGUAUUGGUGUAUGAAAUAUGAUAUUUUCAGAACAGAUCUCAGAUCAGCUUUACCUUUUAACAGAGUUGUUUGAGUUAAAGCUGAAAUUAGAUCAGAACAAAAUGCACCCCACCCCACCCUUCCCCAUGUAAUUAUGCAAUUGUAGAGCUGUCGUACAGUGCAGGCACUGCCACCUAUUGACAGAGUUGAAUAGCAAGAGAAAAAACCUGCAUCAAUUUCAAGGGACCUUUUUCCACAUCUUCACAGGCUUUUCUACACAUCUUCCAUCUUUUUGCACUGAAUUUAACAUUGAGUGUCUCUUCAGAUGUAGGUGCAGGAGUUUUUACCUCGGAGCGGUUUCUCCGUUUUCAGAGGUUUUUAUCGUUUUUUUUUUUUUUUUAGUUUUAUAUCCAUGUUGUUCCUGCCUUGACGCCUAACAAAGACGCAUGCCUCGGUGCUCGCUCUUGCUUCAUUUUCUCAAUAUCUCUCUAUGAGUAGAAGUUUUGUAUCUCUAUUUUCCCCUUAGACAAUUGUUUGCUCGUUUAUGAAUGUAAAAUGUUUGCUGUUGCAAAGUUGUUUGUAGAAUGUUUUUGUUUUAA